AUGGACGAAAGGGAGUUGGCGCAACUUGUGGAAAGUUCUGACGCGGCGGCGCUCCAGGCGUACAUACGAGAUGGCCGCUCCCCUUUCUCGCAGCCCCUGGGUGCAGAGGCGCGAUUCGCGUACUUUCACCUACCGCGGAAGGACGGUGUGAGGACGACUUCUGGGGCGUCGACUGCGGCUCGUGAUGAAAGGAGGAGUGUGCCACCCUUCGAGGAGUAUCAUGGCCCGGCCACAACGUUCGUCCUGCGACCCCAGGAAAAGGAGAGGGCCUUGAAGCGUCCUGCGCCGCGUCUUCAGACCUCAGCACCUGUUGAUCGAGCACCCCACCGUCGACCAAAUCUGUCCGAACACGCGUGGGUUAUCCAGAGCAAUGGAUGGACGGGGGAUGUUCUUCGUCACCCCCCAACUCCGCGUUUUCUGAGCGCUUCGCAUGAUGCAUGGCAGCAACAGCGGAAACCCUCUUCAAGAGCCCCUCCUCAGCCUAGUGGAGCGGUAACCACGCCCCCGCGCAGUGCAGCGUCGUCUCCGGGGUGUGCCGCCAGAGAGACGGGGAAUAUUGGUUGGCAGCCUGGGCCCCGACUUCAAGCGUGUGAAUCCAAGAGUUUCUGUGAGGAGUUACGGUGUCUGGAAAUGGAAGAACGACGGGAAAGAUCGGAGAAGGAGGCUGCAUUUGAUGAGUUUCUCAUCGGUAGGCACCGCUGGCGCCACUCGAGCUUGGACCGAUGCGCGAAGGAGAGGAGUGAGUUGGGCACAGCCGAGUCCAUUGUGCGUUGCGCGAUAAUCAAGGAGGAAAGUUUCCAUUAUAAGGAGAUUCUGGCGAAGUGUCUGGACGAUAUUGCGGGGUGCCGUUGGGAUGGCGUGCGUAUGCAAUGGCUACAGAGGCAGAUGGCGAACUCAGUGACGAUGCGCCAGUGGGUUGAGCUCAACAGCAUCUUGCCGCGGGGGCAGGGGUCGGGUCAAGAUAUCGCGCUGGACACUGUCGACUGCACCUGCAACGUCGGUGAGCAGGAACGCGGGUCCCCUCCUGUAAGGCCUGUUAAUGCCCAACAGCAUCCCUCAACGCCGCUUCCCGAGGCUCCAUUAUCACAUGGAGCUGGUCUUUUGGCGAAAACUAAUGGGACACCUCCUAAAGCCUUCAGCUCCACUGCCGUACCUCCUUCACGGCCGCGUGUGUUCCCACCAGUUGUGCCACAUGAAGAAUGUACCAUGAGCUGA